UGUAUUUCGACGUGCUGUAAACAUUGGAGUCCAUGCGAAGUUUAACAGUCCGACAACAGUGGAACAAUCGCACGAGGCGCGUCUGCGUUGCUUCUUGGCGGGCGGAUGACCGUCGUGCGCGGCGGACCGCCCCGAGACGGCGAAGCGCACGUGAGGGCCAAAGAAAGCGGAACGCCGAAGGCAGGGCGUCGCUGGCUGCCUGCCUGCCUGCCCGCUUGCUUUUCUUUCGCGCGCGUAGCCGCAGAAGCAACAAGCGAAGCCGUCGUUACUACGUCGGUCGGGAGGGCGACGUCGCGUCUGUCCUCAUGCAAGGCGGGACGGGGCACGGCGCACGGGCUUCGGUGACGCAUCGCACACCAGCUUGCGCGUCUGGCUUCGCCGAGGCCGAGCCCCCACUUCCCUCUCGCCACACUGGCUCUUCUGAACGCUCCCUCGCCAGCAGCACUCCAGUUCUGCCGGGGCUUCCGCACGGGACGUUCGGUGGUGCGACGGUCGGGUCGUUCUCGUGUUCCGCACGCGCUCCUCCGGUGGUAGUGUAGAGGCGUGCAAGUUGUGCGCCGGUAUCCUCCUCGUUUAAAUAUUUUUUCGUUUGCCUGCGCUGCUCCCUCACGUCCAGUCGCACUCCGGUUCUUGUGCGGCUGUGAGCGUCUGCUGUGAACCGUUUCGUUAUUGCACCGUGUACAUUUACCGCGCACCGGUUGCAAGUGUGAGGAGGGCCAAGCGGCCGGACAGGGAGGCCCGUUGAUAGAAGAAACCGAGAACGCUGGCAGCAGGAAUUGAUCCGUGUGUCCUGCCUGCUGCCCUGCCUCUGCCGCUCGUCUGCGGCCCACGUGGGUUCCGGGCAGCGCACCGUUCGGCGCCCGAAAGCCGUGAUUGGCAUAUGUCGCGCGCUCGUCACGAUGCCUCAUAAGGAAGAGGAACAGCAAGCCAACGGCGAGGGCAGCGAGUCGCCGCCGGUGUGCGGUCAUCCUGGGCCCCGGUUCGACAUUCCCGAGAUCCUGGAGCCGGGAGGCUCCGGCGCGGGCGACGAGUGCUACCAGGCGGCGGCCGAGACCAUCAUCUCUCACUGCCGCGAGAAGGCCAAGGUGAUGGGCAACGAGAUAUCGGCGCCCUACGAGGUGCCACACUUCCCCAUCGAGCUGUACGAGUCGCGAAAGGUCAUGCAGCAGCAACUGUCCACCAGAGCGCAGAAGGAACUCGAGGAGCGCAAAAGUUAUUUCGAUGGCGACGUCAAGGAAAUGGAGGACAACUUGGCGCAACUCAACGACCUGGACUUCGUGCCUCACUUUCAGCGUGUGGCCAUCAGCGGCGAGGACACGUCCGGGGUCCCCCUGGAAGACUUGCAUCAGGCUUCUAAACUUCUCGUCUCCGCACUCAGAUUGAGAGAGAAGUACAUGGAAAUUUCACAGCAGUCCUUCCCCAAGGCCACCAAAAGGUUUCUUAACCAACUAAAAGGAAAGCCCCUCGAUGAUUUGGACUCUCCGGAAGAAAUGUUCAGCUCAGCGGGUCUAAAGGUGCCAACCACCAAACGGGUUAAAACUAAAGACCACCCGUUCUACAGCGUACCCACGGUGACGGACCCGUGGAACUGCGAAGUGCUUCCCAGCAUGAACUGCGAAUUGCGCAUGCACAAUGGCGUGGUACACGUCUACAAGAACAAGGAGGACAUGGCGGCCGAGAAGCCCAUGGACUUUCCCUAUGUCAACCUGCCGCAGUUCAUCAACGACCUCAACCUCAUGUGCGCCAUGAUCGCCGACGGACCGCUUAAAUCAUUUUGCUACCGGCGGCUCAGCUACCUGACGUCCAAAUUCCAGCUGCACGUACUGCUCAACGAGCUGCGCGAGCUGGCAGCCCAGAAGGCAGUCCCUCAUCGUGAUUUCUACAACAUCAGAAAGGUGGACACUCACGUUCACGCUGCGUCGUGCAUGAAUCAAAAGCAUCUGCUCCGCUUCAUCAAGAAAAUGAUGAAGAUGCAUUCUGAGGACCACGUGUUCAAGCAUGGUGACAAGAUGAUGACGCUCGAAGAGGUAUGGCGUAUGGAGUGGGUGUAUGCAAAACAGUAUGGCUGUUUCAGCCGUGGCUUUGAUGAGGAAAUUGAUGAUGGAAAGGUUUUCAGUGCUAUGAACAUUACAGCCUAUGACUUGAGCGUCGACAUGCUGGAUGUUCAUGCGGACCGAAACACAUUUCAUCGCUUCGACAAGUUCAACACCAAGUACAACCCUGUCGGUGAAAGCAGGUUACGAGAAAUAUUCCUCAAGACUGACAACUACAUCGGGGGACAGUACUUUGCAGAAAUCUUAAAGGAGGUGAUGAGUGACCUGGAAGAGAGCAAAUACCAGAAUGCGGAGCUGCGGCUUUCGAUCUACGGCCGAUCACGCAAUGAGUGGGACAAGCUGGCCAAGUGGGCUGUUCGGAAUACCAUGUACUCGGACAACGUCCGCUGGCUUGUCCAAGUGCCCCGACUCUACGAUGUAUUCAAGUCCAACAACAUUGUGAAUAACUUUGAGGAAAUUCUGGAGAACAUCUUCAUGCCUCUCUUUGAGGUCACCAACGACCCGAGCUCACAUCCAGAGCUGCACCAGUUUCUUCAAUACAUUGUGGGCUUUGAUUCCGUGGAUGACGAAUCUAAGCCCGAGUACCCCAUGAUUGACAAGGAUGUGCCGCUACCCAAGCAGUACACCGACACAGAGAACCCAGCAUACAACUACUACCUCUACUACAUGUAUGCCAACAUGUGUGUCCUCAACCACUUCAGAAAGAAGCGUGGCUUGAAUCUUUUUGUACUACGGCCACACUGCGGAGAAGCAGGUCCUGUGCAGCAUCUCGUUGGCGGCUACCUGCUCUCGGAGAACAUCAACCACGGGCUUCUUCUGAGGAAGGUUCCAGUUCUUCAGUACCUGUACUACCUGGCACAGAUUGGCAUUGCCAUGUCACCAUUGAGCAACAACUCGCUUUUCCUCAACUACCACCGGAACCCGCUUCCAGAGUACCUCAGCAGAGGCCUGUGCGUCUCUCUCUCGACUGAUGACCCUCUCCAGUUUCACUUCACCAAGGAACCCCUCAUGGAGGAAUACAGCAUUGCUGCCCAGGUGUGGAAACUGAGCAGCUGUGACAUGUGUGAGCUGGCACGUAACAGCAUCGUCAUGAGUGGCUUUCCACACAAGGUGAAGCAGUACUGGCUAGGACCCAACUACCAGAGGGAGGGCCCCACUGGAAAUGACAUCACCCGCACCAACGUUCCAGACAUUCGUGUAGCAUACCGCUACGAGACACUCGUUGAUGAGCUGUCCACCAUCUUCCGGACAAUGCAGCCUACCCCCUAGAAGUGGCACAUUGUUUGCUUGUUGGUUCAUGUUGUAUACUUAGAGUUUUUAAUGAAGUCACAUUGAACAGAGUUCAUUGAUGUGCCAAUGACUGGGGCUACUAGGCUUCUACUGAGUGAGCAGUGAUUUGUCUCUCAGCAGAAGACCAAAUUGAGACUAUGCCAUGCAAAUCCAUUGGCACUAUCUGAGUAUGAGUGCAAAAGGAAGCAAAGAGUGUUAGGUAGCCUUGAAAAGUGAUUAUAUGUACCUUUAUUGUAUCCAUAACUGCUUAAGUUAUUGUCAUGAUUAAAGGACUUUCUUUAUGAAA